AGGUUCCCGAGCGAUGGGUUCCUGCUCCUGGCCUUGCUGCUUUACGCCCCCGUGGGGCUCUGCCUGCUCGUCUUGCGCGUCUUCAUCGGCGUCCACGUGUUCCUGGUCAGCUGCGCCCUGCCCGACAGCGUGGUGCGCCGGUUCAUUGUCCGUGUGAUGUGCUCCGUGCUGGGGUUGCUGGUGCGUCAGAGCGACCCUCGGCUGCGUGGGGCUGGCACCAGGGUCUUCAUUGCCAACCACGUCACCCCCUUCGACCACAACGUUGUCAGCCUGCUCACCUCCUGCAACACGCCUGCCCUGAGCGGUGCCUCAGGGUUCAUCUGCUGGUCCCGGGGAUUCAUGGAGCUGGGAGUGACAGGCAGCCGUGCAGAGCUGGUGGAUUCCCUGAAGGAAUACUCAGCCCACCAAGGGAACCCACCACUGCUGCUGUUCCCAGAGGAGGCGGCCACCAACGGCAGGGCCGGGCUGCUCCGCUUCAGCUCCUGGCCCUUCUCCAUCCUGGAUGAGGUCCAGCCCGUUGCCCUGCAGGUCCGGAGGCCGUUGGUGGCUGUGAGUGUGGCUGACUCCUCCUGGAUCUCAGAGCUGCUCUGGACCUUCUUCGUUCCCUUCACAGUUUAUCAAGUAAGGUGGAUGCCGUCUGUCCCCAGACAAGCAGAUGAGCGGAGUGAGGACUUUGCGCUCCGAGUUCAGGAGCUCUUGGCCAUGGAGCUGGGUGUGGUAUCCACACGGAUCACCGCUGCUGACAGGACCGAGCACAUGAAGAGGCUGAGACACACAUCACGGCUGCCCUUUGCCCCAGCCUCGAGCCAGCGCCCGGCAGCCCGGCCCAGGGUGCCCCCCAGCCUGCCUGGGGGUGCUCCCGAGGACGUGAGGGUCGUGGCCAUGGCACAGCAGGUCAAGGAGGUGCUGCCUCACGUGCCCUUGGAGGUCAUCAGGACUGACCUGGUCCAAACCAAUUGUGUGGACACCACCAUUGCCAACUUGCUGGAGGGGAGAGUUUCUUUCUUCCCUGAGAGUAAAGAGACUGAAGACCUGCCUGCCCCGUCUACCUCCCAGGCUGCAGCUGCUUCUGGCAUCCAGGGCUCUGUGGCUGCGCCUUCUUCCAAGCCGGCUACAAAGCAGUUUGCAAAGUCCCCCGUGGAGCGUCACCUGUCCUUGCAGGAGAGAAAACGAGCCUUGUAUGACUAUGCCAGGAGGCGGUUCGCUGAGAAGCACGGCGUGGCAAGG